AUGACGAGACCGGCCCACCACCUGCCAGCCGCAGCCGCACUCGCCUCGGAGCACCCUCACCGCCGCUUCUCGCUCCAGGACGCUCUCGCCGUCCACCGCCUCGCACAACAGCGCACCAGGCUCGCACUCAAGACCCGCGAGGCCCUCGACAUCAUCGACCGAGCCAUCGCAAAGUUCGGCAUCGACUCGAUCGCCCUCAGCUUCAACGGCGGCAAGGACUGCACCGUCCUCAUCCACCUCUUGGCCACCGCCGUCCUCCGUCACCUCCACCGCCACGCCUUUGCCGACGAUGCACCCUCGUCGUCCUCGUCGCCAGCGCCCACUUUGCCCCCGAUCGAGACCGUCUACGUCCGGUGCCCGUCCCCUUUCCCGCAAGUCGAGGCCUUUGUCGCCCUGUCGACCCACUGGUACCACCUCGCCCUCGUCGCCGUCGACGACAGCAUGCGCGCCGGCCUCCAGACCUACCUCGACCUCAAGCAGCCCUCGCCACCAAAGGCCAUCCUCGUCGGCACCCGCCGCAACGACCCACACGGCGCCCUCCUCGAACCGCUCCAGCAGACCGACAAGGGCUGGCCCGACUUUUGCCGCGUCCACCCCGUCCUCGACUGGUCGUACGCCGACAUCUGGGCCUUCCUGCGCUCCGACGACCUGAGCCUCGGCGCCGGCGGGCCGGGCGAGGUCGAGCACGGUGGAGGACUCGAGUGGUGCGAGCUCUACGACUACGGCUACACCUCGCUCGGCUCGACCCACAACACGUUCCCCAACCCGCUCCUGCGCGCACCACCACCGACGUCCGACUCGACGAGCGCGGCCGCCGGCGACUAUCCGCAUCCGCUCGGAGGCUGGCGACCGGCAUGGGAGCUCGAGGACGAGGACGCCGAGCGGGCAGGACGAGAAACCUCGGUCGCCGCCGUCGUCGCCCGCACGGCUGCCUCGCCGUCCUCCUCCGCUCCUACCUCGCCGUCGUCCGCCCGCGCUCCUCCACCCAUCCCUCCACCGGCCCCGUCAUCAGCACCUCCACUCGCACGCGACGACGAGGGCGAUAGCUCGGUGCCCAUCGGCAGCAACCCGCCGAGCAGAGCGGGCUCGCCUCCAUCGCUCGCGCGAGGACAAGGCGGAGCGGGAGCUGGACCUCGAGCGUGAGGCGCUCGCUCUCGUAAAGCACGUCGCACAAGAGCGUGUGGCCCACGAGGGUGACUGCAACGAAGCACGCAUGAGCAGUUUCG